AAGAGGUGGAUGAGUACCUACAAGAGGUGGAUGAGGACCUAGAAGAGGUGGAUGAGGACCUAGAAGAGGUGGAUGAGGACCUAGAAGAGGUGGAUGAGGACCUAGAAAAGGUGGAUGACGACCUAGAAGAGGUGGAUGAGGACCUAGAAGAGGUGGAUGAAAACCUAGAAGAGGUGGAUGAGUACCUACAAGAGGUGAAUGAGGACCUAGAAGAGGUGGAUGAGGACCUAGAAGAGGUGGAUGAAAACCUAGAAGAGGUGGAUGAGUACCUGCAAGAGGUGGAUGAGGACCUAGAAGAGGUGGAUGAAAACCUAGAAGAGGUGGAUGAGUACCUACAAGAGGUGGAUGAGGACCUAGAAGAGGUGGAUGAGGACCUAGAAGAGGUGGAUGAGGACCUAGAAGAGGUGGAUGACGACCCAGAAGAGGUGGAUGAGGACCUAGAAGAGGUGAAUGACGACCUAGAAGAGGUGGAUGAGGACCUAGAAGAGGUGGAUGAGGACCUAGAACAGGUGGAUGAGGACCUACAAGAGGUGGAUGAGGACCUAGAAGAGGUGGAUGAGUACCUAGAAGAGGUGGAUGAGGACCUAGAAGAGGUGGAUGAGGACCUAGAAGAGGUGGAUGAGGACCUAGAAGAGGUGGAUGAGUACCUAGAAGAGGUGGAUGAGGACGUAGAAGAGGUGGAUGAGUACCUAGAAGAGGUGGAUGAGGACGUAGAAGAGGUGGAUGAGUACCUAGAAGAGGUGGAUAAGGACCUAGAAGAGGUGGAUGAAAACCUAGAAGAGAUGGAUGAGUACCUACAAGAGGUGGAUGAGGACCUAGAAGAGGUAGAUGAGGACCUAGAAGAGGUGGAUGACGACCCAGAAGAGGUGGAUGAGGACCUAGAAGAGGUGAAUGACGACCUAGAAGAGGUAGAUGAGGACCUAGAAGAGGUGGAUGAGGACCUAGAAGAGGUGGAUGAGGACCUACAAGAGGUGGAUGAGGACCUGGAAGAGGUGGAUGAGUACCUAGAAGAGGUGGAUGAGGACCUAGAAGAGGUGGAUGAGGACCUAGAAGAGGUGGAUGAGGACCUAGAAGAGGUGGAUGAGUACCUAGAAGAGGUGGAUGAGGACGUAGAAGAGGUGGAUGAGUACCUAGAAGACGUGGAUGAGGACCUAGAAGAGGUGGAUGAAAACCUAGAAGAGAUGGAUGAGUACCUACAAGAGGUGGAUGAGGACCUAGAAGAGGUGGAUGAAAAACCGAGAAGAGAAGAGGUGGAUGAGUACCUAGAAGAGGUGGAUGAAUACCUAGAAGAGGUGGAUGAGUACCUAGAAGAGGUGGAUGAAUACCGACGAGAGGUGGAUGAGUACCUACAAGAGGUGGAUGACGACCUAGAAGAGGUGGUUGAGUACCUAGAAGAGGUGGAUGAGGACCUAGAAGAGGUGGAUGAGGACCUAGAAGAGGUGGAUGAGUACCUAGAAGAGUUGGAUGAGGACCUAGAAGAGGUGGAUGAAAACCUAGAAGAGAUGGAAGAGUACCUACAAGAGGUGGAUGAGGACCUAGAAGAGGUGGAUGAAAACCUAGAAGAGGUGGAUGAGGACCUAGAAGAGGUGGAUGAAAACCUAGAAGAGAUGGAUGAGUACCUACAAGAGGUGGAUGAGGACCUAGAAGAGGUGGAUGAAAACCUAGAAGAGGUGGAUGAGGACCUAGAAGAGGUGGAUGAGGACCUAGAAGAGGUGGAUGAAAACCUAGAAGAGAUGGAUGAGUACCUACAAGAGGUGGAUGAGUACCUAGAAGAGGUGGAUGAAAACCUAGAAGAGGUGGAUGAGGACCUAGAAGAGGUGGAUGAAUACCUACGAGAGGUGGAUGAGGACCUAGAAGAGGUGGAUGAGUACCUAGAAGAGGUGGAUGAAAACCUAGAAGAGGUGGAUGAGGACCUAGAAGAGGUGGAUGAAUACCUAUGA